AUGGACUCGCAGUGGCGCUUCCUUGGCCCCUGGCUGACUAGGCUGAGGGUGGAGUACAAGGCUCUGGACGCUGAGUGCGACGCGCGCGACCCUCCGCAGCGGAUCCUCAAGGUGUCGCUGCGACGGGUGCAGCUGUCGGGGUCGUUCCAGGCCAAGUUUCAGGAAACAUACGAGGCCCUGGCCCUUCUCGCGGCUGUGGAGCGCGUGGAUUACGAGUCGUGGAGAUACUGCCUCACAGCGCUGUGCGGAUUGCACCUGGGAGAGCGUGGAGAAGCAACUUUCGAGGAGAAAAUCCCCGUGCUGUUUCUGCUCGACUUGGAUCUGGAAGAAGACGAGGACGAGGGCUACAAUUUGGUAAAAAUUUGCGGUACGGGCCAUCGUGAACGCCCCAGUGACGAGUAUUUGCAGGCGCUGAAGAAGAUCGCGGCGAUGGAUAAGAGGCUGAAAGAUGAUAAAGCUGGGAGGGACAUUGAGAUCCCCGUGAAGAUUUAUUUUUCAGCGCGGCAGGGGAGAACGAUGGCGCAGUUGGAGAAUGUUGCAAAGGCUGAAAAGAUCACUAAGCAGCAGUGGGAGGGGUACUAUGAUUCUGGUGGAGGUGAGCAGCCAGUGGAGUCCAAGAUGUUUCGGUGCACUUUCGUGCUGGAGCCGAUGAUUGCAGACUUCCAUGGAUAUGAGAUCACACAAGAAAUGGUUGAUACUAUGGAAAAGCUGCUGGAUGCUAAUGUCUGGUUCUCACAGGUGAAACUGGACUUGCACCUGAUCCGCCAUAUUGGCUUUGACGAGAACAGGGCGAGGGAGGCACUCUGGAAGCUUUUUCCACGUCUUUUCAAUGGUACAAGGCACUCACUGGACCAAGCGAAUCCUCGCUAUCGCCCUCGGUCCACCUUUCUAAGCCAAGAAGAAGAGUGUUUGCCGAUCGGUGCUAUCCAACUCGAGUGUGACUCCGCUGUGAUCGGCGUUCGUGAUUUCGAAAGGACGUGCUCAGCGCUGACUGUUUGCCAGACCACCAGAAACCUUUCGUUGCGUUUGGCUAUCAGCCCGACAGCUCAUUUGACGAAAAAGGUGUGGUGGAAGUGGGUCGCGUACUCUUUGUUCUCCUGUCGCGCACGCGAGUAUUCGUCCAUUGACGCACUCGAUCUCACAUUGAACGACAAAGUUAUUCCGGCAGAUAUCAUCGAAUUCGCCACCGUAGUAGCAUCUGACCACCCCGAAGAAGCAUUGUUUUCCUCUCCACGCGGCCAAGUUGAGGAAAGGGAAGCUACUCUGAAACCUGGCGCUCGAAUUCGAUGGCAAAUUACAAAACAGGGCACAGCGCGCCUUGUUUCCAAGGAACUGACUUUCCCGUACGCUAUUCCACGCAUUCGGACUUUCAGCGACGAUGGAACUAGCGAGUGGACCAAUGUGGUGAUCCCCGGGUUGAGCUGGUGCCAAGUUCGCCGAGCCUGCUUACAAUUUCCCGAGCAUCAAGCUAGCAGUGCCGCUUCGUGUAACGUGACUUCGCUCACAUUAUUUAUCCAGAGAAGUGUUGCUUCAAAUGCCGAAAGCCUGCAGCGCCUGUUAGCAGUAGUUGGCGGUCCAUUGAAGCACUUAACGCUGGGUGGACCUGGCCUUGGGGUGGUGGAUGAGAACGCCGUCCAUCGUAGCUGUCCCAACUUGUCAACGCUGUCCGUUCGUGGCAAACAGUUUGACGUGCAGCUUGAUUUCAGCUACUAUCGUGGAUUGGGCGCGCCAGUUCCUUCAAUUAAGUGCUCUGGUCUUCGUUUGACAACGCUGGCACACGCGUUAAGUGAUAACGACAGCGCUACCGCGAAGUGCGUAUACAAGUUACGAGUCCACAAGGAAGGCGAUUGGCUACGGACUACGCCGGACACCCGCCUGGAGGCACUUUUGCAGAUGUUGAGAGUGAAUGAAACCUUGGAAUUGCUCGAGAUCGAUGGUUCGCCGCAGCUGCCCAAGUUCGCCGACUUCAGACAGCACAACCGGAAGCCGAUUCGCAGAACACGAAACAUAUCGAUCGGCGGGAAACUGGCGUUUCUGAGUGUUUUAUCGUCUCGACAGAGGUCGGAUGAAGUGGAUCACAAGCGAAGCUGCGGCAGUGAAAGAGAGGUGCACGCUCGCCAACACCUGGACCAGUACGUUCUAUCGAGGAUUUUUGCGUUUGCAGGCCCUCCUGUUCUUCGACAAGUAUUCACCCGAGCUGUCGCCCAAGUUGUUGAACGGCCUAGGGCAUUGCGAAACAUUGUCCACUUUCCCUGGGGCAUGGCUGACGGCUACAGCAGCAGCAGUAGCGAUAGCAGCAGCAGCAGCAGCGAGGGAGAUCUACCGAGUUCAUAUUUAACGCAACAUAAUCCAUUUCCCGCCAUAAUAAAAGCUCACUUGGAGCGGCUGGUUGGCGCCGUGAGCGCGAGGAGGAUCUUUGGGACGCGCAGAAGCGCGUGCUGGGCGUGUCUCUGCCCACGCACUACGAGAACAGCGACGGCGAAGAAGAAGAAGGAGGAGGAGGAGGAAGAGGACGAGGAAGAAUUUCACCAAAAGUUUCAAAAUGUUCGGGAAGCUCUCGCACUUUUAGCAGCUGUGGCUCACGUGGACCAAUCAGCGUGGAAGUUCCUCCUGACCCAAUAUUGUGGUGUCGAGCUGGGAAGAGAAGCUCAAGAGCAAGAUCUCCCGGCGGAGUUUGUACUGUAUUUGAACUUGGAGGGCAGGGCGAGCAUGCAGUGGGAAGACACGCUCAAUUUCGACCUGGCCAGGUUUUGUGGGACACACCAGCGGAAACACCCCUCUCGACCAUAUCAGGACGCACUGAGCUGCUGGAUCGAAAUUUGCAGGAUGACGAGUGGGUAUCUUCAUCCCUCGUCAGUGGAUGGACCGAUGGAGGUGUUCAUGGACAUCUGGAGGGCCGAGGAGAAGAUCUGCAACAAGUGGCACAAGUACGAGCAGCGUGUUGGUCAAGACGAGGUUGGGCUCGGCCAGUUGCUCUGCACGUUUGUUCUCAAGCCGAUGAUGGCGGACUUCAAUGACUGCAUGAUAUGUCCUGAGAUGACCGAGACCGCUGGUGAGCAACAACCAGUGGUUCUCGCAGUUUUCGCUCUGCUUGGAAUGCACUUGGAGUGUGAUUAUUCGCUGAAAUCUUCCGGAUACGAGGUGCUUCUGAGCAUCCAGAAGAGAAACUCUUCAGCUGUCCCCGCGGCGCCGUCGAGGAGAGGGAUGCUACCCUCAAAUGUGGCGCUCCGAAUCGGUGGCAAUUUGAUGAACGACGAAGGAGCUGAUUUGCUCGGUUUUGCAGCACCAAUUCAGUUUGUUCGCUCAUUAAGCGACGAUGGGAAGAGCAAUUGGGUGAACGUGUUGAUUUCAGGUUACGGGCGCUGCCAAGUACUGCGUAACGAUCUGGUAUUCCGCUCUGGUGACGAAGUGGCAGCUCCCUGUCGUAGGCUGAAGUCGCUGAACAUCGGGGUUUGCAACUAUGAUGCCUACGUUUCGGAUGGGUUGCCCCAGUUUCUCUCUGCGAUUGGAUCUUCGUUGCAGAUUCUGUCGCUUGAACACCUCGAAGGUGUUGAAGUGUCCGAUAUUUGCCGCUUCUGCCCGAAUCUGAAGGAAUUGGCGUUUUGUGCGGGGGCUGUCAGCGCGCGUUUCAAUUUUGACGAGUACCAUGCAGUGGGCGAGCCGAUCCCGCUACUAAGUUGUGAUUGGGGCAACGUCAGAGCCCUGAAGAAAGAGCUCAGUGACGUGAACAGUGCACUCGGGAAGACUUUACGUCGACUGCGCGUCCGCUUUACAAGCAUGCAUUUGACGGAGUUCCUCCGCAUGCUGAGCACCAACAGGACUCUGGAGUACGUCGACAUUGUCGUCCCGUCCAAGUACGAGCAAUUUGCCGGUGACGCUCUGAAGCACCAUCUCGCACCAACCAGGCACGAACUUCAGCUGUCAACGGAUCGCAUGGUGGCAUUCCUCAGUGUGAUGUAUCGACCGAAGGCAACGGAGACCAAGAGGAUGAGAACUCGCUCGUAUCGCCCUCCUCCUACACUCGGCCACCUGGAUGAAAACGUUCUGACCAAGAUCUUCGCCUUUGCGGCUCCAUCAGUUCUUCGGCAAGUUUACUUCCACGUAAAACGCAAUGAAUGGAGCGAGCGUACGGGCACGCCGAUUUAG